GAUGGAGAGAGAGAUCCUCGUCACGCGGAGGACUGAACACGGACACCGACGGUUGGGCGUCGGUAGGGUGACCACCACCGGAAAAAACGGAAGAAUACCGGAUAGACUAGAUCGAUCUGGGUCCUGGUCCUCAGGGUCCUGGUCUGUGAGCGGAUCAGACGGUCUCUGCUCAGUCGGAGGACGGACGCGCUGCCUGGUAACAGAAACGGUUACCGGGGCGUUAAAACCAAACCAACCGUCGCUCCUCAUCUUUAACGGAUGUGCCUGUAGUCGUCGCUGAGGGCGAAGCAGCCGUGAUGCCGUGUUCCUGUGCGGAGUGGAGGAGGUGGAUCCGCCCGCUGGUUCUGGUUCUGUACGCUCUGCUGCUGGUGGCCGUGCUGCCGCUCAGCAUCUGGGAGCUGCAGAAAGACAAGGUUGGGACUCACAGUAAAGCCUGGUUCAUCGCCGGCGUGUUCGUCUUCCUGACCAUCCCCAUCUCUCUGUGGGGGAUCCUGCAGCACAUCGUGCACUUCACCCAGCCGGAGCUGCAGAGGCCCAUCAUCAGAAUACUAUGGAUGGUGCCGAUCUACAGUUUGGACAGCUGGCUGGCCCUGCGGUACCCCGGCCUCGCCAUCUACGUGGACACGUGCAGGGAGUGCUACGAGGCCUACGUCAUCUACAACUUCCUGGUGUUCCUGCUGAGCUUCCUCAGCAACCAGUACCCGAGCCUGGUGCUGAUGCUGGAGGUGCAGCAGCAGCAGCCUCACCUGCCGCCGCUCUGCUGCUGCCCGCCGUGGCCAAUGGGAGAGGUUCUGCUGUUCAGGUGUAAGCUCGGGGUCCUCCAGUACACCGUGGUCCGGCCCGUCACCACGGUGAUAGCCCUGAUCUGUCAGCUGUGUGGAGUUUAUGAUGAAGCCAACUUCAGCUUCAGGAGCGCCUGGUCCUACCUGGUGAUCAUCAACAACAUCUCACAGCUGUUUGCCAUGUACUGUCUGGUGCUGCUCUACCGAUCCCUCAGAGAAGAGCUGACUCCCAUCAGGCCGGUGGGGAAGUUCCUCUGCGUCAAACUGGUGGUGUUCGUCUCCUUCUGGCAGGCGGUCUUCAUCGCGUUCCUGGUGAAGGUCGGCGUGAUCUCCGACAAACACACCUGGGACUGGGACAGCGUGGAGGCCGUGGCCACCGGACUGCAGGACUUCAUCAUCUGCAUAGAGAUGUUCCUGGCUGCCAUCGCUCACCACUACACCUUCACCUACAAACCAUACGUACAGGAAGCAGAGGAGGGGUCGUGUUUCGACAGCUUUCUGGCCAUGUGGGAUUUCUCUGACAUCAGAGCUGAUGUCACAGAGCAGGUCCGCCAUGCUGGUCGGACGCUGCUGGGUCGUCCCAACAAGAUGUACUUCGGCGCUGCGUCUCAACCCGAACACACCGAGCACACCGGCCUCCUCUCAGGGUCCUCGUCACAGGACCCCGUCGCCCCGGCGGCCACAUCGAUGCCCUCCUCCCCUUCCUCCAGCGGGCGGUACCGAGGCCUCGGACACACCCCCGCACCGCACUCCAUCUCCGCCCCAGCGGGGUUCACCUCCUCGUCCUGGGACGACGACAGCGACGACGCCCCUCCCCCGACGGGCGACACGUAAACUCUCAGAUUUAAUAAGUCGGAAUAUAAAAAUAUUAGUCGUCUGAACUCUCGUCUCCACGUUUGUGAAGAAGAAGACAAACUAAAGAUGGAUGUCAUGGAAGAGAACGAGUCUCUGUGACCUCACCGCCAUGUUUGUUGAGUAUUUUUAAAUAAUAAUCUCCCCGUUUGAAAUGUUUGAAAUCUGUGUUUUGGAUGUGAGAUGAUGUCAUUUUGAUAAAUGUUUAUCCAGCUGUGGAAUUUAAUACACAAACAUAUUUAAGUUGUUGUUGUGGUUUAAAGGGGGACAUGUCACGAAGCUCCGCCUCCAUCAGAACAACAUGUGAUUCAACAAGCCAAUCACAUGUGGCUCCUCCUCCAAGACACAACCUCACGAGCCAAUCAGAGCAGGGCUUUCUAAAAGAGGGCUCUUAAAGAGACAGGCGCUAAAACAGACGGAGGGUGAAUACAGGUACAUUCAGACAGUAUGAGAGAAAUACUUUAAAGCAAGUAACGUGUUCUAGUAUAAAGUACGAGUGUGAACAUGAGCACGAUGUGUCUCCUUUAACUCUCCCUCAGUGCUGAAGUGUCCUUGGGCUUUGACUGUUUGUUCUAUCGUUAAUACAAUAAAAACUAUCUCAGCACCAGGAAGUGAUGUGGUUCUGUUCCUCCACUGAGAGUGAAGAGGUUUCAGUCUGGAUCCUUUUAGCUCGACUCAGUUAGCGUCCAGAUGAAGGACACGAGGACACGAGGGGACAUAAUUAAUGGAGGAGUUUCAUUGAGCUGCUCCAGGUACUGGUUUGUUGUUCACCUUUGUCUCCACUAGGUGUCACUAACACUCCUUUAAUGACCAGGAGCUUCUUCAACAGGAAGAUUUUUAAAAGCACAAAGAAACAGAUAAUAAAGAUAUGUUUGUUCAUUA